AGGCAGAGGGGAUUAUGCCAGUUUGAUCGGGUAUUAGAAUAAAUGACGCAAAAAUAACCUAGCAACACAAUAGCCAAUCAAUUUUUACUCAUUCGACUCCUGAAUUGUUGAUGCGUUGGUCUGGAAACCUAGAGUGACACAUAUUGAUUUGUACAAAAGCUGGGGUUGACAAAAAAGUAACUUAGAUCGGCUUCCCUAUCAACCUCUUUACACUCCGAAAAAUGUAUAAAAAGGCCAGCUUAAUUUUAGGUCGUUUUUAUCUGAUAUGAAUUUAUAAAACAAAAACCAUUAAAGAUGAUGUGCGAUACUAAUUGGUGUACCUUUUGCGAUAAUGCUAUCAGUCCUUACUCUGAUUCACUUUACUGCUCAGAGGAAUGCCUCAGACAAGAUGCUCUACGUCACCAUCCUAUGCUCGGAUAUGAUUAUGCUGAACUUAAUGGAUUCCCUCAUAUAAAUAAUUCUAUAUCUAAACCUAAUAAUCGUCGUAUUUCAACAACUACAACUACAACUACAACAGCACCAUCGCCAUCAAAUGCUUCCAAUUACUUUAGUCAAUUACACAAGCUACCUUCUUUAUCACCCUCUUUAUCUUCUUCACCAUCAUCCAUAUACUCAUCACAGGAAGAUAAUCAUGACCUUACUACUUAUUUAUAUUACCAACCUAAACCUCGACGUACCUCCGUCCCCCUGAUGGAACAUCAACAAGCUCUUCACCUUUAAUUUGUAAAUAUUCCUUUUUAUGUUUUGCAUCGCUUAAAAAAUAACAUACAUGUAUAAAAAAAUACAAUAUUGCAUUCAAAUUGCAUAACAUAAUAAAAAAUCUGCAUUCUACACUUUUGUUUACUUCACACGCAUACACAUACAGCAGGAUCUUCAGCAUAAUCUCUUUUCCAUCUUUUGGAUGUGUCAUCCCAAUCA